GUUCCGCAGCCAUUUCAGGCCCCGGACGGGAGGCAGCGCCGCUACGGCUGAGGGCCCGAGCGCCAGAGGCCUCUGGGAUGGUGUGGGACCGGCAAACCAAGAUGGAGUAUGAGUGGAAACCUGACGAGCAAGGGCUUCAGCAAAUCCUGCAGCUGCUGAAGGAGUCCCAGUCCCCAGACACCACCAUCCAGAGAACCGUGCAACAAAAACUGGAACAACUCAAUCAAUAUCCAGAUUUUAACAACUACCUGAUUUUUGUUCUUACAAAAUUAAAAUCUGAAGAUGAACCCACAAGAUCAUUGAGUGGUCUCAUUUUGAAGAAUAACGUGAAAGCACAUUUUCAGAACUUCCCAAAUGGUGUGACAGACUUUAUUAAGAGUGAAUGUUUAAACAAUAUUGGUGACUCCUCUCCUUUGAUUAGAGCCACUGUAGGUAUUUUGAUUACAACCAUAGCCUCCAAAGGAGAAUUGCAGAAUUGGCCUGACCUCCUACCGAAACUCUGUAGCCUAUUGGAUUCUGAAGAUUACAACACUUGUGAAGGAGCAUUUGGCGCCCUUCAGAAGAUCUGUGAAGAUUCUGCUGAGAUUUUAGAUAGUGAUGUGUUAGAUCGUCCUCUUAACAUCAUGAUUCCCAAAUUUUUACAGUUCUUCAAGCACAGUAGUCCAAAAAUAAGGUCUCAUGCUGUUGCAUGUGUCAAUCAGUUUAUCAUCAGUAGGACUCAAGCUCUGAUGUUGCACAUUGAUUCUUUUAUUGAGAACCUCUUUGCAUUGGCUGGUGAUGAAGAACCAGAGGUACGGAAAAAUGUGUGCCGGGCACUUGUGAUGUUGCUUGAAGUUCGAAUGGAUCGCCUGCUUCCUCACAUGCAUAACAUAGUUGAGUACAUGCUACAGAGGACGCAAGAUCAAGAUGAAAAUGUGGCUUUAGAAGCCUGUGAAUUCUGGCUCACUUUGGCUGAGCAACCCAUAUGCAAAGAUGUACUCGUAAGGCAUCUUCCUAAAUUGAUUCCUGUAUUAGUGAAUGGCAUGAAGUACUCAGAUAUAGAUAUUAUCCUACUUAAGGGUGAUGUUGAAGAAGAUGAAACAAUUCCUGAUAGUGAACAGGAUAUAAGGCCACGUUUUCAUCGAUCAAGGACAGUGGCUCAGCAGCAUGAUGAAGAUGGAAUUGAAGAGGAAGAUGAUGACGACGAUGAAAUUGAUGAUGAUGAUACAAUUUCUGACUGGAAUCUAAGAAAAUGUUCUGCUGCUGCCCUAGAUGUUCUUGCAAAUGUGUAUCGUGAUGAGCUUUUGCCACACAUUUUGCCCCUUUUGAAAGAAUUACUUUUUCAUCAUGAAUGGGUUGUUAAAGAAUCCGGCAUCUUGGUUUUAGGAGCAAUUGCUGAAGGUUGUAUGCAAGGCAUGAUUCCAUACCUGCCUGAGCUCAUUCCUCACCUUAUUCAGUGCCUCUCUGAUAAAAAGGCUCUUGUGCGUUCCAUAACGUGCUGGACUCUUAGCCGCUAUGCACACUGGGUAGUCAGCCAGCCCCCCGAUACGUACCUGAAGCCAUUAAUGACAGAAUUGCUAAAGCGAAUCCUGGACAGCAACAAGAGAGUACAAGAAGCUGCCUGCAGUGCCUUUGCUACCUUAGAAGAGGAGGCUUGUACGGAACUUGUUCCUUACCUUGCUUAUAUACUUGAUACCUUGGUCUUCGCGUUUAGUAAAUACCAGCAUAAGAACCUGCUCAUUCUUUAUGAUGCCAUAGGAACUUUAGCAGAUUCAGUAGGACAUCAUUUAAACAAACCAGAAUAUAUUCAGAUGCUAAUGCCUCCACUGAUCCAGAAAUGGAACAUGUUAAAGGAUGAAGAUAAAGAUCUCUUCCCUUUACUUGAGUGCCUAUCUUCAGUUGCCACAGCCCUGCAGUCUGGUUUCCUUCCAUACUGUGAACCUGUGUACCAGCGUUGUGUAAACCUAGUACAGAAGACUCUUGCACAAGCCAUGCUGAACAAUGCUCAACCAGAUCAAUAUGAGGCUCCUGAUAAAGAUUUUAUGAUAGUGGCUCUUGAUUUACUCAGUGGCCUGGCUGAAGGACUUGGAGGCAACAUUGAACAGCUGGUAGCCCGAAGUAACAUUCUAACGCUAAUGUAUCAAUGCAUGCAGGAUAAAAUGCCAGAAGUUCGACAGAGUUCCUUCGCCCUGUUAGGUGACCUGACGAAAGCUUGCUUUCAGCAUGUUAAGCCUUGUAUAGCUGAUUUCAUGCCUAUACUGGGAACCAACCUAAAUCCAGAGUUCAUUUCAGUCUGCAAUAAUGCCACAUGGGCAAUUGGAGAAAUCUCCAUUCAAAUGGGUAUAGAGAUGCAGCCUUAUAUUCCUAUGGUGUUGCACCAGCUUGUAGAAAUCAUUAACAGACCCAACACACCAAAGACGUUGUUAGAGAAUACAGCAAUAACAAUUGGUCGUCUUGGUUACGUUUGUCCUCAAGAGGUGGCCCCCAUGCUACAGCAGUUUAUAAGACCCUGGUGCACCUCUCUGAGAAACAUAAGGGACAAUGAGGAAAAGGAUUCAGCAUUUCGUGGGAUUUGUACCAUGAUCAGUGUGAAUCCCAGUGGAGUAAUCCAAGAUUUUAUAUUUUUUUGUGAUGCUGUUGCAUCGUGGAUUAACCCAAAAGAUGAUCUGAGAGACAUGUUCUGUAAGAUCCUUCAUGGAUUUAAAAAUCAAGUUGGGGAUGAAAAUUGGAGGCGUUUCUCUGACCAGUUUCCGCUUCCCUUAAAAGAGCGUCUUGCAGCUUUUUACGGUGUUUAAUCUCAUACACUUAAGCUGCAGUCCCAUAAUUAGGGGUCCUUCAGUCUUGGAGACUAUGAGGGAGCCUCUGCACCCAGGGAAAAUGUUACCCUUUACAGGGGGGAAGGGUAAACCAGUAGGGAAUACAGUACAAUCCCAACCCUACUGGGAGGGGCGGGAGGGAGGUGUUGCCGUCACUGUAUUAAGUCGAUGUUGGGAAACGUUUUAACAUCUGGAGCCUUUGUGGGUGGAAAUCUGUCUCCAAUUACAACUCCGCACUGGAUGUGAAGAAGCAAAAACAAACAAACAAACAAAAAAAACAAAAACACAAAAAAACAAAAACAAAACCUAUUCAGUCUACUCACAAAACAGUACAUCCUGGAAUAUUAUGGGGAAUUGUACCAAAACAAGAACCACAUAAAUGAUGCAUAGGGAUAAUAAGAAAGAGGAAAAAUUCUGUAGCGCACAAUAAAGGAAACCUAAGAAUGGGGGUUACAAACAGUAAAGAAGCUUUUUUUUCCCCUUAAUUUAAAGAUUUUUAUAAAUUUUCCCACGUGUUGGGGCCUUGUUUUUGCAUGCUGAUGAAGAACUACACAAAUGAAGCUAAUAGAAUUAAAAUCAGCUUGCCUACCCAUAGUAGAAGCAGGUUCUUGGAAGUUACAAUUUAAGGUACCCCAAAAAAAGUUGGAAAUAAAACAAAACAAAUU